AUUUUCCCAUUUUGUAUCACAAAGUCUCAUGGAUUUAUAUUAAAGUCCAGUUGGUGUCGGUAAUGCAACAUAUUGGAUGCAAACCGGCGUUAGAUCCCAAAGAAGAAGAGAAGCAAAAUGCGACGUCAUCGAUCUGCUGCCAGUAGAAUUGUGGUCAAAAUGUACUCUAAAGUCCUGCCAUUGACUGCAUUGUUGUUGUUGCCACACGAGCAGGACAAUAUGAAUCCYCUCAGUUCAGAGAAGGAAACGUUGAUUGAUGAAAUUGAACAGAGUUUAUUCACUUUAACUGUGGACAAUUUACGUUACCUGUGUGAACGUCAUGGCAACGAUGGAUUGGAAAUUAAAGGGAUGAAUCAUCGCUUAUUAAGACGUAAAGUCAUGGAGGAAAUGUGGGACAAUACGGAGUCAAUGAAAUCAGAGGAGCAGGGAAUGUCUUGGUUACUCCGACUUAAAGAGGACAUCAGYAGGAUYCUGGAGGAUGCUAGUGAUGAGGAAAUUAGUCCCAGCAAGUCCGAUGAUGAUGAUGAUGCUGUAGACUAUGAAGAAGAAUGCGACAAAGAGGACAGCGAUUGGUUGCCUAGCAAUGGACUGAAGGCGGAACACUUGAGUUCCAGCCAAUCCGAUGAUGACGCUGCAGACUGCGACAAAGACUGGGACGUGGAGGAAAAUGAUUGGUUGGCUAGCGAUGGGCUGGAGGCAGAGUCAGAUCCGGAGAGGCACACUCCAGACCAGAGAGACAAGCCUCCCCCGCAACCCUCCCCUUUGUCAGAGUGCCCAGGUCGUGCCUUUCCCAGUAGUACCUUACUGCA